UUGUGCGCAUGCGCUUCAUCCGGGAUCCUGCCCGGUGUCUCGACGUGGCACAAGAUAAGACGAGGGCAAGUCCAAGAUUUUCUCCUUAAGAAACCGAACAGCUCUCAACACGAACAGCCGAAUCCAGCAAUACCCACCACUGAGGCAACAGAGUCCACCAUGAAUCCACAGACAGGCUACAACCAACCCUACCAGGGGGGGUACCAGAACUACGGGGGGCCACCCCCUCCUGGGGGACAGAACAGGGGGUACGGGGGCCCAGUCCCGGGACAACCCCCUCCACAGAAUGCUUACAUGAACGGACCCCCUUCCCUGGGCCCCCCAGGGGCCAAGCCUUCACAGGGGGGUUAUGGAGCACCCCCCUCACAGAAGGGGCCUACAGGGGGGUACGGCCAGGGGGGUGGUGACAUGCAGAAUGGGUUCUCUCACGGUGGCCAGGCUUACGGAGGACCUCCCCAGCAACAACAGUACAGCAGAGGCCCUCCCCCACCAGGACCACCCCAGCAGUACCAGCCUGGCCCCCCCGGCCCUCCCAUGUCUAACGUACAGACUGGACCUCCUGGUCCACCCAUGUCUGGUGUCCAGUCCGGUCCACCCAUGUCCAGUGUCCAGUCUGGUCCACCCAUGUCCAGACCACCUCCCAGUAGUCAGAUGCAGAUGGUGAACCAGAUGCAGACCAUGAGUUUGUCCCAGCAAAGACCAGGUCCCCCCGGGCCAAGCAUGGGUGCACCCCCUCCAAGCAGCAUGCCCCCCUCGUCCUACGGACCCCCUGGAAGCUCUGCACCCCCCUCCAGCAUGUCCAUGGGACCCCCCUCCAGCAUGCCCCCCCAGAUGGGCCCCCCUGGACCGGGGAUGUACAGCUCCGCAGGUUACGCCCCCCCUGCCUCACAGCCAGGCAUGGUGGGAAUGCAGAAACAAUCAACAGACAAAAAUAAACCCAACUAUUCUGGUGCCCCAGGGUUCCAGGGGGGGUACGGCCCCCCUCCCACCAGCCAGGGGGGGUACGGACAGCCCCCUGGGCCGGGGGGGAUGGGCGGUUACCAGGGGCAACCCGUGGCACAACCCCCCCAGCAGAGGCGUCUGGAUCCUGACCAGAUCCCCAGUCCGGCCAGGCUGGACCCAGACCUAAUUCCUAGCCGUAUCCAGGUGAUUGAGGAUGACCGGACCAGUCGUGGAGGUCAGCAGUUUGCCACCAACACCAGAGGACUGAUGCCUCCUCUGGUCACUACGGACUUUCUUACUAUUGACCAAGGGAACUGUAACCCAGCGUUCAUGCGAGCGACCAUGUACAACAUCCCCUGUACUGCAGACAUGUACAAACAGUGCAGUGUUCCCAUGUCUCUGGUCAUCAAGCCAUUCGCACAACUCAAGCCACAGGAGGCACAGCUGUGUGUGGUUGACCACGGUACAGCCGGCCCAGUGAGGUGUAACCGGUGUAAGGCCUACAUGUGCCCCUUUAUGCAGUUUGUGGAAGGUGGUCGGAGGUUCAUGUGCAGUUUCUGUAGCUGUGUCACUGAUGUCCCAGACACGUACUUUGCCCACCUGGACCACACCGGGCGGAGGAUAGACGUGUACCAGAGGCCUGAGCUCGCCUGUGGGUCGUACGAGUUCAUCGCUACUCUAGAUUACUGCAAGAAUAACCAGCCCCCGAAUCCGCCUGCGUUCAUCUUCAUGAUCGAAGCUUCCUACAACAGUGUGAAGAACGGGAUGUUACCACUGCUCACCAAACAUCUGAAGGGACUGCUGGAUACCUUACCCAGGGAAGACGGCCAGGAUGAAUCUUCCAUAAGAGUGGGUUUUGUGACCUUCAACAAAGUGCUGCACUUCUACAAUGUCAAGGGUACCCUGGCCCAGCCGCAGAUGUUGGUUGUUUCUGACGUCGCCGAUGUUUUUCUGCCGCUGUUAGACGGUUUCCUGGUCACGGUUCAGGAAGCACGGGCAGUCAUAGAUAGUUUGUUGGAACAGAUCCCCCAGAUGUUCUCUGACACGAGGGAAACAGAGAUCUGCCUGGGACCAGUGGUGCAGGCUGGGCUAGAGGCGCUCAAGGCUGCGGACUGUGCGGGGAAGCUGUUUGUGUUCCAGACGUCGCUGCCGCUGGCAGAGGCUCCUGGGAAACUGAAGAACAGAGACGACAGGAAACUUCUGGGCACAGACAAGGAGAAGACCCUGUUCCAGCCCCAGACGAGUUUUUACCAGACCCUGGGGAAGGACUGCGUGGCUCAGGGCUGCUGCGUCGACAUUUUCCUGUUCCCCAACCAGUACGUGGACGUGGCCACCGUGUCCGAGGUCUGCAAGCUCACCGGCGGACAGCUCUACAAGUACAACUUCUUCACGACGGAACAAACCGGUCAACACCAUAAUCCUAUGGAGGCGGUGAAUGACGGUGAGCGGUUUAUCCAGGACCUGACGCAGGACAUCCAGCGACCAAUCGUGUUCGACGCCAUCAUGAGAGUCCGCACCAGCACAGGUUUCCGGCCGACAGACUUCCUGGGGAACUUCUACAUGUCCAACACGACAGACGUGGAGCUGGCCGCCAUGGACUGUGACAAGGCCGUCGCUGUGGACUUCAAACAUGACGACAAGCUCAGCGAGGAGCUGGGGGCUUAUGUUCAGUGUGCAGUUCUGUACACCAGUGUGAGCGGGCAGAGGAGACUGAGAGUGCACAACCUCUCGCUGAACUGCUGCAGCACCAUGGCCGACCUCUACAAGAGCUGCGAGAUGGACGCCAUCAUGAAUAUUCUGUCCAAACAAGCUGUGAGAUCCGUGGUGAACUCCACUCCCAAAGCCAUCCGUGAGCAGCUGAUGGCCCAGUGUGCCAACAUCCUGGCUACGUACAGGAAAAACUGUGCCAGCCCCUCAUCCGCAGGACAGUUAAUCCUGCCAGAGUGCAUGAAGCUGCUGCCCCUGUACGUGAACUGUGUGCUGAAGAGCGACGCGCUGCAGGGAGGGGCGGAGACGUCGACAGACGACCGCGCCUGGCUCAUGCACCUCCUCAGCUCCAUGGACAUCUCAUCCUCUGGGGCUUUCUUCUACCCGAGGUUACUCCCCCUGCACAACCUGAGCCCAGACAAGGACGACGUUCCCACAGCGAUCAGGUGUUCCAUCGAGCGGCUGAAGGAUAACGGAGUUUACCUGUUGGAAAACGGAGUCUCCAUGUUC